UAUAUUAGGGAUGGACAUCGAUCUGAUCGACCAAGGUAUUAAAAGCGAGCGGCCAUCAGCUGGCUUCCAGUGGCUACUCUGCAACUGUGCGACCAUUAUUGCUGCUGCUUUCCGAACUCCGAAGGCACCAUAUUAACAUCUGCAACAUGCCAAAAGCCUCUGCUGAUGAGAAGAUCCUCAGUUAUAACGAUGUCGUGCUCCGACAAUCAGAUCUGGGCAUUCUAAACGGUCCUCAUUUUCUCAACGACCGAAUCAUCGAGUUCUAUUUCAGUUACCUUUCUUCAUCCCAUCCUUCCGAACACAUCCUACUUGUCCCACCUUCAAUUGCUUUCUGGACGCUGAACUGUCCAGAUAUCAACAGCCUUAAAGAUUUCCUACAACCCCUAAACCUACCAUCAAAAAAACUUAUCCUCUUCCCCGUUAACAACAAUGAUGACGUCACAGAGGCUGAAGGCGGCAGUCACUGGAGCUUACUUGCAUUCGAGAAGACCACUAAUUUGUUUGUGCAUCACGACAGCUUCGGUGGUCUCAAUAAGAACCACACAAAACGCCUUUAUAAGACACUGGUUCCAUAUAUGGGUGUUUCUGAAAGUGGCUAUAUGGAAUGCAGUUGCAGCCCGCAACAAGCCAAUGGUUAUGACUGCGGUCUGUAUGUUCUAGCCAUUGCGAAGGAAAUAUGUUGCUGGUUUGAUAGAAAUGUGCACAAAAAUGAGGAUUUAUGGUUUUCUUUCGUUGAGGAACGAGUUACACCCUCCACCGUUUCAGGGCUGCGUAUCAAGAUUCUGGAGUUGAUAAGAAGUUUAAGAGGCGAGUGAUGUCGGAUAAACGAAUGUUUUAUGACAAAAAAUGGGUUGUGUUUUGGCCACGUUCCGUAUGGUUUCAAUCUUACAAAGUAAACUUCGAGACUUUCUGUAAUUUGUUGGACUUCGAGGGGCUAUUUACCGGAUGGUUACUGCUUUUUACUGGACAAGAGACGCUCAUCAGGUCGGAGAUGUUGCUAUUUAUCAAGCUUCUCUUACCGGCCCAUAAUGUUAACCGAGAUGUCGACUUGGUAAGCCAAAGGAGGAACUUUUACUUGGUGAGUGAGUGUUUAUUCAGACUGCAUUUUUACCCGGUUAAUGCUUAUCUAAUUUGGAUCGGUAAAAGAAUAAAUUUUGAAUAUAUUAUUAAUGAAAA